AUGCGCUGCCGAGGCGGAAAGGGAGAACAUGGCAGACGAAGAGGAGUCAGCGCCGGACCCUGCCGCCGCCUCUCCCCCGGAGAGCCCUCACCCUGGGCGGCCUCACUCCGUGUCUUUCUCUGAAAGCGUCCAACCGGCCGUCGGGAUGGUGAGCCAGCUGCUAAGCCAACCUUCGUCCCUGAAGUUUGACAAAAACAUCAAACAGGCCUUCUACAACACCGGCGCGAUGAUCUUUGUAGCUAUCUGCUGCGGGGCGGCUGUCCUGGUUUACUUUAUCCUGGAGGCCUUCCUUCGCCCGCUGCUCUGGGCAGUGCUCUGCGGCACCUUCCUCCACCCCUUCAAGUACUCCCUGGCUCGGCUCGGCCGCUCGUGGCUCAGCGGCCUGCAGGAAACCGGGACGCCCAUCGUUUUGGGUACCCUGCUAGUUCCGGUGUGGUGCGUGAACUACGGGGUGGAGGCAAUGGGCAGGCUGGUGCUGGAGAGGCUCACGGUGCUGCUGGUGAUCGGGGCCGGGGCACCGCUCGUCUACUUUCUCUACCUUUUCUGGAGCGUCAUCGGCAUGCAGGUGAUCCUCGGGCACGUCUGCGGGGUCAUCGGGGCCGCGCUGGACUGUUUCCACACUGUGUGGGUGUGCACUGUGGUGUUUGGCUACUUGUUGGCGGUCUGUUUCAAGUGGAGUCCCCAUACUGAGGGCUACCUGAGGGCUCUGGCACUUCCUGUCUGGGCCAUUCUGCUCUUCUACAUUGUGUCCCUGACCGGCUCGUGGAGAGUGCCCAUAUUUGUGGUUGUGGUUGUACUUAUCAUCGUGGGCUCCCAAGAGAAACCACCUGUCCCUGGCAGAGGAGAGCUGUCAGGGCAGGUGCUGUCAUUCGCUGCUAACACUAUUUACAUGGCGAUCUCCUGUAGCAACCUUCAGCUGAAAAGCGAGCCUGGUGAAAACACCACUACAGAUGGCGUGCAGUCUGCGGGCCCCCUUCCCGCCACGCCUGGGUUCCCUGCCGGCUGUCGUUCAUUACCGGCCGGCCUCUUCCAGAAAGAGAAAAGCUCCCACAGAGCCAGCGAUAUCUACUUUAUUCUGCUGGUCUGGGCCAUCGUACUGGUUCAGGUCUGGCUCAACCUCUGGAUCUUACAGCUGCUGCCUAUCCCUGUGGCUGUGUGGGUGCUGAAGAAGCUGGUGGUGCACUUUGGCCUGAAGAGCUUUGCAGAGCGGACUCUCACCGUGUGGUGGGCGGUGCUGGAGAAGUUUGGACGGGAGCGAGAGGAGGCCCUGCUGCCGGGACCAAUCAAAGGCUUGGCUCAGUUCCUGCUGCGUAUCGACACAAAGCUCUGGCAUUGGCUUAACAAGCAGAUGAUCGUGUGGUUGGAGCGAUCCCUGGAUAAAAUCAUCAGCAUCUUCAUCAUCUUCCUCCUGGUCACAGGGACGCUGCUCAUGGCUCUGCUGCUCACUGCUAUGGUUCAUCAUGAAAGUGCUCACAUCAUCGACGUAACCAGUAACCUCAUCAACGAGACUGUGUCGAACCAUCCAGAAUGGGCCAAUUGGCUUCCAGAGGCUCGUGUGGUGCAGAAAGCUCUGAAUUCAGCUGCUACUAAUGUUUAUCAGCACGGCAGAGAAUGGAUAACACAAAAGCUCCACAAGAUGUUAGGGGACAAGGUGAACCACACAGCUGUGAUUGAGAAACAGGUGUUGGAGCUUUGGGACAGACUGUACCACUCCUGGUUUGUGAAGAACAUGACCCUCGCCGGUCGCCAGCGUGGCCAGAAGAUGAUGGUGCAGAAACAGAACAGCUGGCUGGGCGACAUCCUGGACUGGAAGGACAUCGCCUCUUUCGUGCAGGAGAAUAUUGAGACUCUGCUGUCUAUCCUGGAGUCUCUGUGGGUGGUGAUGAGUAGAAAUGUUGGCCUCCUCAUCUCCACCACGACCACGCUCUUCACCGUCCUGUUCCACAGCGGCACGGCUCUGCUCAACUUUGCCCUCAGUCUGGUGAUUUUUCUGACCACUCUCUUCUACCUGCUGAGCUCCAGUGGUGAAUACUACAAACCUGUCAAAUGGGUGAUCAGCCUGACCCCCCUCUCCCAGCCCGGACCCUCCUCAAAUAUCAUAGGCCAGUCUGUAGAAGAGGCCAUCAGAGGAGUGUUUGACGCCUCUCUGAAGAUGGCUGGCUUCUACGGCCUCUACACUUGGCUCACUCACACCAUCUUUGGCAUCAACAUCAUCUUCAUUCCUUCUGCCCUGGCCGCCAUCCUGGGUGCGGUGCCGUUCCUGGGGACCUACUGGGCAGCGGUGCCUGCCGUGUGCGACCUGUGGUUGGUGCAGGGCGAAGGCGUCAAGGCCGUGCUGCUGCUGAUCUGCCAUCUGCUUCCAACGUAUUUUGUAGAUACAGCGAUCUACUCUGACAUAUCAGGGGGUGGACACCCGUAUCUGACAGGUCUGGCGGUGGCAGGCGGAGCGUACUAUCUGGGUCUGGAGGGCGCCAUCAUCGGGCCCAUCCUCCUCUGCAUCCUGGUCGUUGCAGCCAACAUCUACAGUGCCAUGCUGAUGAGCCCCAGCUCCGCACUGCCAACACCGGUGCAGUCCAGCUGGCCGCUCCACCCCAUCAGGACCUUCGCAGACUCCACCCCCUUCGUCCUGAAGAAGGCCGGUGAGUGAGCAAGAGGGUGUGACCCUGUGGAAUGUCACCUGGCUGAUUCCUCAGGGGACCUGCUCCCCUCCCUGAAGCUCCUCCCUAUGCUGCCCAGCUCUACAGGAGUCAGCCCCCCUCGGACCAAGAAGAAAUUGCGGCGUAGCGACCAGUUACCCAUGAUGCCGUUUGCUUACCAGAGCCGCUUCUCUGGGCAAAAUGGCACCAACUGCUCUCACCCGAGACCCAAAAAAUUACAGAUGGGAGCGUUCAUCCUGGACCAAUGACAUACAUCGGGCUAUAUGAUUAUGAGUGGCGGAGACGUUGAUGCUGAUCACAUCAUCUCUCAGAACUCAGUGCCUAAAUUGAUUUUGUAUCAAAAAUGCCUCAACUUAUUGUGUGGCGACAUGUAAGAUGAUAUAUUUUAUCUACAGAGCCCCUGAUUUCCACCCCGCACACCCUGGCUGUGUGUAAGCUACAGCGCGUGGUCGUGCAGUAUUUGUACUCCCUACCUCUCUCCUCAUGGAGGCUCAAGUAGAGUUUGUUAAAGAUGACCUCGGCACUUCCUGACUUCAUAGAAGUCCUCACGCCUGGCUCAGGAGAAGGAGCUGACGGCCGUUUUAAUGUGUCGUUCAUGUUCAGCAGCUUGUGAUUCUGCAACACUAGACCUCCGCUUCGACAAAGACUCUUGCUCCUGCUCUCCUGGACCAGGCUUCGUUACCACUGUUUCACUUUUUUGUGUAUCUGUUCAGUUGACUCAUAACAAAUGUCUCUGCUUGUUUUUUUUUUUUAUUACAGUUACAGGUUUAGACGGAUGACGACUACUUCAUCAGAUCAGAUUAGACGUCCUGCUUUCAGGGAGUUUGACCUGAGUCCAACAUCAGAGGAUUACUGAGAUUGUACAUUUUUAAUUUAUUUGAAGCUUAUCUCUCUCUUUUUUUUUUUUUUUUACAACACAACAUGAGUGCACAUACACACAUACAUGCAACCAAACUUUUCAUGUUUAUCACGCUUUGCGGGUCCUGUCGGUACUGAAGCUCGUUUACACUCAGAAGAUGUCGAUAUUGACAAGUUUGACUAAGUAUUUUUGUGAGAACUUUCCAGUUGUGAAACGACUGUGACUCGUCAUCCUCAUCACAUGAUUUCAUCAGUAGUUUUUGACCUCACAAACCUCAAAUCCGUUACAAAUGUCUUCACAUUUUCUCACUCACCUCAUCCACUGCACCUGCUCGCUCUGCACUUAGACAACAGUUGGAGCACUUUUCUGAAUAGAGAGUAUGAAGUAGUUUACAUCACUUGAGGCUUUAAUGAACAAGCUGUACAGAUGAAUUGUGUGUGUAAUGUGACACAUUGAUCAUACUUGGCUACUGUGUUAGCUGCCUGUGUUAGCUGGGAGGGUUGUGAUGUGUUCUGUGUUGGAACAAGCAUGUACAUUAGUAUUUGUUUCACUAAAUGACUUUAGUUUUCAUUUGGAACAGUUUGAUUACUGGAUAUGCACUAAUACAAUAAACAUAAUUUA